AUGGUGGCAAACUUUGAUGUGAAUAAACUUGAAUUGAAAGUAAAGGAGAGCCUGUCACCACUCAGAUCUGAGGAUGAAGUGGAAGAAGAAGGAGUUGAUGAUACUAGAGCCAAUGCAGGAGAGGUAGCCGAGAUUGUGGACAUUCCAGGGGAAGCUUUGGAUGUUGAUUUGAAUCAUGGCAGAAUUGCUAAGAUAGAGCAUUUGGAGCAUUUGACAUGUGUAGAGACGAUGUGCUUGAGACAGAACCUGAUUAGUAAGAUUGAGAAUCUGCAUAUGCUAACCACGCUCAAGGAACUAGACCUCUACGACAACCUGCUCACAAAAAUUGAGAAUCUGGAUCAGUUGACUAACUUGGUACACCUGGAUCUCUCGUUCAACCGGAUUGCUGCGAUCGAGAAUGUUGCGAGCCUCGCUGCGAUUGAACGCCUCUUUCUCAUCAACAACCGCAUACCGAGGAUAGAAAGCCUGAGCAGCAUGAGCAGCCUUGUCAUGCUGGAGCUGGGCUCGAACAGAAUACGCAAAAUCGAGGGUCUCGACUCACUGACAAAGUUGGAGCAGCUCUACUUGGGGAAAAACAAGAUCACAAAGUUAGAGAACUUGGAAAAACUGGUCAACCUUCGUGUUCUUAGCAUGCAGAGUAACAGGAUUGUGAAGAUGGAAGGUCUUCAGACACUUGUCAAACUAGAGCAGCUCUACCUCAGUCACAACGGUGUGGAGAAGGUGGAAGGACUCGACAACAACGUCAAGUUGAACACACUGGACGUCGCUUCUAACCGCGUUCGAAAGAUAGAGAACGUUAGCCAUCUGCUGGAGUUGGAGGAAUUCUGGUUCAACAACAAUGCGAUUGACAACUGGGCAGACGUCGCGCAGCUAGCAAACGCCAAGAAUCUACAGACGGUCUACCUGGAGGGCAACCCGCUGCAGCACGACACCAUGUACCGCAAGAAGAUCCAGCUCGCACUGCCCUCCGUCGUCCAGAUCGACGCCACCUACACCCGGUAGAGGGCGCCUCCUACACCCGGUAGAGGGCGCUGCCUACACCCGGUAGAGGGCGCCUCCUACACUUGGUAGAGGGCUCCGCAUACAUCUGAUAGAGGGCGCCUCCUACACUCGAUCGAGGGAGCCACCUACAUCUGAUAGAGGGAGCCACCUACACUCGAUAGAGGGAGCCACCUACAUCUGAUAGAAGGUGUUACCUACACUCAGUAGAGGGAGCCACCUACAUGUGAUAGAGGGUGUUACCUACACUCAGUAGAGGGAGCCACCUACAUGUGAUAGAGGGUGUUACCUACACUCAGUAGAGGGAGCCACCUACACCUGAUAGGUGGAGCCACUUUUAUUUGGUAGAGGGCGUCGCUUGCACCUGCUAGAGGGUGCCACCUACACCUGAUAGGUAGAGCCACUUUCACCCGAUAGUGUGACUUGCUUAUACCAGAUGGAGAGCACCACCUAUACCUAACAGGGGGUACCACAUACACCAGACAGGGUGCCCCCAACACCAGAUAGAGGGUGCAGCCUACACCAGAUCUCGAUCCUACCCCUUAUUGUCCUUGGUGGGGGCGGAGGUGCUUGGCUGGCAGGGUGGCGUUGCCUGGGUGGGUGUGAAGUGAGGCAGCAUAUGGUGAGAAUGGUGUGUGGGGGCGUGCGUGGCAUGGGGAGGAGAGUGGUGGCCGUGUGUGAGCCGAGGCUGCAUGGGAGAUUGGCAAUGGCAUCAGCUUGUAGCCGAGGGCACAUUGGUUUUCGAUUCUGCAUGGAGUUUUCGCUUACGCGGUUGCAGACCUGCCAACUCUCACGGAUUGUUUAUUUUCCUGUCGAUGGAAUAGUCUAUGUUCUGCAUUCUGUCCUUGGAUAGGUGCAAUAAAUACGGCAUUACGGACAUUCUUUAAAUAGUACGAUCUAGCGAGCAAUUGCUACAAAAGCUAUAAAAGGAAAAACUUGAACUAAGCACCAACAACGUUUAUCUAACAAUAUAUAAAUGCAUUUUCUUGUAGGCAGAGUCACUAAAGUUGAGAUUAGAGUGUAACACUUCAGUACUACUACUAGCUGCAUGUCAUGUAAUAUAUUGUCAAUUUUUGUUAAUUAUAUUAUCAGACAUCUGAUAGUUAUUACUAAGUGUGGCAAAAUAGAAUUGGCAAGUCUGCUCUUGUAAGACACCAUGUUGAACUUGCGAUGUGCAAGUGGAAAAACGUUCUCGUCUGAUCUCGUGACUGACAAGAUAAAGUGAUGUGUACUAGCAGAACAGAAUUGUGGAAGAACAGAACAAAAACAGAACACUAAGCGAAAAUUGGAAUGUCGGCUUGAUUAGUGAAUGUGCAAGCGCGAACAUGAGACAUCAAUCUAUGUGCACCUGCCGGUUGAACAUGUGUGUGGUAAAUUCACAGAUGCACACAGAGUGUUGAUUGUUGCUUGUCUUUAAACAUUGACAGUUGUUGUACAUAGAUGUUAUUGGCUAGAGCAGGAACGAUGAAAUUCGUGUCGUUCCUGGUGAACAGUUACUGAGCAGUUGUUCAACAAAAUGCUAACAUUGAUGCGGACUUUACAUUAAAGCUUCUACAAUUACCAAA